GGUGAAAAAUUAGUCUCUCCCACCUAGGCUCCUAGAUAAUCACUGUGAAUGGUCCUAAUGUUUCCUUCCAGACAUACUCUGUGUACACAGGCAGCUGUGUCAGUAUAUCCCUUUUUAUUACCUACUGCCCACUCUUCUGUACCUUGUCUUCUUCACACAAGGCUGUCUCUGUUGUAGAUUAUUCCCUAUGGGGACACACAUGGCUGUGUGACAGUCCAUUGAUGGAUGGACCACCCGUCGUUUGUCCAGUCCUCUACUAAGGGACUUUUAGAUUGUUCCCAGCCUUGCUGCUACAAGCAGUGCCCCAGCGAGCAGUCUUCCCCUCUGGCGUAUGCACAUGGGCACACAUUGCUGUGGGAGUGAUUCCUGCAAGUGGAAUUGCUGUUUUGAAGAAUCUGUGCACCUAAAAUUUUGUUACCUUCUUUUGCGUUCUGAAAAUCUGUAUAUUUUUAAAAGCACCUUGCCCCCACCCCUGGAUUCAUAUUCCUUUCUUUGGUUAAGUAUUGACUAUUCUAAUCCAGCCCGGAGAGGGGAAGGAGGCUGGUCAGUGUCAUUCAGAAGCCCUUAGCCAAUGAGAUGUCUCCAGAGUAAGGUGCAGGUGGGAGGUAGUGAGGAAUGAAGGGAAGAAAUGGGCUGGAGGGACAACAGGAGUGGAGCCAGGACUGUGGGGAGGGGGUUCUGUUACACAAACAGAACCAGGUACCUGGGGACCUGUUUGUGACUUGGUCUCCAGGGAGAGAUGCCCCCCCCCCCCCACACACACACACACUGUGUCCUUCUUCCUGUGCUUCUCUGGUGUGUGCUGCACCUGCUUGGCAACGGCUGGGCCAGUGAGCUCAUUCAUCCGGCAAAUAUUUACUGAGCUCCUAAAUCCAGUGCUGACUUGGCCAGUAUGUCCCUGUGCCUUGCCAAGCCUCAGUUUUCCUCAUCUGAGAGGUGGGGAGGCUCAUCCCUGCCUUUCUCAUGUCACCAGGCUAGUGGGGAGAUUUGGUAAGCCAGCCAGUGGGACAUUACUGUAAAACAGAUUACAGUGGUCUUAGCUAGACUGUGCCAGGCACCCUGGGUCGGCAGAAAGUGAAUUUUGGACCAGUACUGGGUGGGCUGCUGUCAGUCUUAGAAGAUGGCCUGGUCGGCCCUUGGGCGGGAGUUUUCAGGCAGCUGUUGGUGUCUCCUCUUGUGGUGCCAGAACCAGAUCAAGCUCAUCCCUGGGGUCUUCCUGAAUUUCCUCUGCCCCAGGGGCUGCUCAGGAUAAAGGUUGGGGAGAGGUAGUCAGGGAGACCAGGAGGGCAAGGCAACAGGAAGGCCCUUUUGGGUCCCCCUCAGAUCAUUUCUGCAGCUCCUUUUCAUCCUCAGUGGUGGCAGGGAUGAGGAAGGGGAAGUUCCGUCAUUCUUCUAGUUUAAAAUGGCACUUUAAAUCACUAGCCAAGUUCCUCUUGUUUUAUCAACGGGGGCACUGAGGCUGGGGGUUGAGGGCCUCCUCCCAAGUUUCCCAGCGAGUCAGCAGCCUCACAGGGAUGAGAAGCCAGGUGUUCAGGCCUUAACUCUCACCAUCUUUCCCACGUCGUCCCAGUCUUUAGUUUCACUUUGGGGUUAAAAACCAAAGCGAAAGAAAAAGGUAAAGCCGGAAGCAGCCGCUUCAGGACCAGCCCAGGCUGGGGUGGGCCUCCCGGGGACCUCACUAGGAGGGGAGCAGGCCUCUUCUCCACUGGCUCCCACCCUCGUUCUGGAGGCCUGGCUGGGGUGGGGGCCGGGCAGGGCCCGGCAGGGAGAGGCGCCAGCCUGCAGACGGGCGGUGGCCUCCUGGCCCGGCCUGCCGCUGUCUGGGAGACGGCCAGUUCCCAGUUCGACGGGUUCCCUGGUAAAGUCACCCUCACUCGGGUGUGGCCCCAGGUGGGGAGCUGCUGCCUUUGGAACUCCCGUCCUUCUGGGGCAGGGCUGGGCUGGAGCUGGGCUUGUGUUGGCCUAGGACAUCAACCCCAGCUUCCCGAAUCCAGCUUUCACAGAACAGUUCCUCUCUCUCUGAAGGUUCAUCAUGCCUAGUGGCAUAUAAGAAGACCCCGCCACCGGUCCCUCCACGCACCACGUCAAAGCCGUUCAUCUCCGUCACGGUCCAGAGCAGCACCGAGUCUGCCCAGGACACCUACCUGGACAGCCAGGACCACAAGAGCGAAGUGACAAGCCAGUCCGGCCUGAGCAACUCGUCAGACAGCCUGGACAGCAGUACCCGACCGCCCAGCGUGACACGGGGCGGAGUCACCCCAGCCCCCGAGGCCCCCGAGCCACCCCCAAAACAUGCAGCUUUGAAGAGCGAACAAGGGACGCUGACCAGCUCCGAAUCCCACCCUGAGGCCGUCCCCAAAAGGAAACUGUCAUCUAUAGGAAUACAAGUUGACUGCAUUCAGCCAGUGCCAAAAGAGGAGCCCAGUCCCGCUACCAAAUUCCAGUCCAUCGGGGUUCAGGUAGAGGACGACUGGCGAAGCAGCGCCCCCUCUCACAGCAUGUCCUCCCGACGGGACACCGACUCGGAUACCCAGGAUGCCAACGACUCGAGCUGUAAGUCAUCAGAGAGGAGCCUCCCGGACUGCACCCCACACCCCAACUCCAUCAGCAUCGAUGCCGGCCCCCGGCAGGCCCCCAAGAUUGCCCAGAUCAAGCGCAACCUCUCCUAUGGAGACAACAGCGACCCUGCCUUAGAGGCAUCCUCGCUGCCCCCACCCGAUCCCUGGCUGGAGACGUCCUCCAGCUCCCCUGCAGAGCCAGCGCAGCCAGGGGCCUGCCGCCGGGAUGGCUACUGGUUCUUGAAGCUACUUCAGGCAGAAACGGAGCGGCUGGAAGGCUGGUGCUGCCAGAUGGACAAGGAGACCAAAGAGAACAGCCUCUCUGAAGAAGUCUUAGGGAAAGUUCUCAGUGCUGUGGGCAGUGCCCAGCUACUGAUGUCACAGAAAUUCCAGCAGUUCCGGGGCCUCUGUGAGCAAAACCUGAACCCUGACGCCAACCCACGUCCAACAGCCCAGGACCUGGCAGGGUUCUGGGAUCUGCUACAGCUGUCCAUCGAGGACAUCAGCAUGAAGUUUGAUGAACUCUACCACCUCAAGGCCAACAGCUGGCAGCUGGUGGAGACCCCCGAGAAGAGGAAGGAAGAGAAGAAACCACCCCCUCCGGUCCCAAAGAAGCCAGCCAAAUCCAAGCCGGCAGUGAGCCGCGACAAGGCCUCGGACUCUGGGGACAAGCAGCGUCAGGAGGCCCGCAAGAGACUCCUGGCGGCCAAGCGGGCCGCUUCCGUGAGGCAGAACUCGGCCACAGAGAGCGCGGACAGCAUCGAGAUUUACGUCCCUGAGGCCCAGACACGGCUCUGAGACCAGGGAGCAGGAAGCAAACAAUUUUACGUCAUUAAAAACACACACACACACAAACUAAAUGCGAAUGGAACAAAAUUUUCUCAACCUUUAGUAUGGUUAUUCUGUCUAGAGACCCUGAGCCAACUUUCAAAUUGACGCAUACAAGGGCUCACGAUUUGGCUUUUUUGGGUCCCUCCCAGCUUUAGGUUAUGAAGACUUCACACAUACAAAAAAAUCAACAAAAACACAAAACUAUAAAACUUUUUUUUUUUUUCCUCUUGCUGGCCGUGGUGGACUAGAUAGAUGGACUUCAGCAACUCCCCGGCCCAGCCUCCAGACUACGGUCUUUUUACUUGUUCUAUCCAAUGAGAACUUAAACUAGCUUGUUUACAAGAUGACGACAGCCCAAGGGCAGCCUUGGGCACCUGCCGUGUCCUUCCUUCUUUUCUUGGCUACCCCAGCUCUGACCUUGGAGUUUUCAUUCUUACGUUUUUCUCUUUUCCCUUCAGAGCUCACACAGGGGUCACCAUCCUGACUAUCAGCUUUCUGGUUCUCAGCCCUUUUCGUGGUUGAGCCCAGAGGACAGAGAUGGACACGCGUCCCCUCCCCCACCAAGUGCUCACACACAGUCACACACGCAGAUGUAGGUUCCUCAGCAGAAGCAGCCCGCCCACUGUGACCCGCCAGCCCUAGGCAGUGUCAGGCGGGGGACUCGCCUCUCUGAGACCAUGACGAGGGCUGAAGUCUUUGUGGGGGGAAAUGAGAUAAAAACCACAGCUACCACACUCCAGACUCCCGCCUUUUUCUUCUCUCUAGCCCCUUCUUCCUUCAGCAAAAUGUAUGACUCAGAGUGACUUGCAGGGGCCACUCAAGAGGGACCCCAUUUUCCAGGGGUUGUCUGUCCCUGGCCGAGCCUGUAUACAGUACCCGAGGGGCGGGCGGCUGUGUCUGUACGUAUGUGUACAUAUGCACAUAGACCUUAGAGUGUAUAUUUAACAAACGCCCCUCUGCUCACCCGUGCCCACCAGCGCCACCGCUGGCUCUCGGGGCACCUGGCAGGAGGCGGGUGUGUGAAUAGCAUAUAUUUUUACAUGUACUAUAUCUAGGUGUGUGUACAAGUGUGUGUAAAAAUAUAUACCUUGCGUGUAAGCAGCCCCCCCCCCCACUUUUUUUUGGUCUCCUACCUGCCUCCCACCAUGGGCCCAUCUGCCCAGCCUCUGAGUUUUCUAUUUUUUUACCCCAAUCAUCCUUCUCUCUCCCCUGCCCCCCAGUCCCACUCCCAGGGUGUCAUGAGCCCUGAGCUGCAAUGGGCCAGGCCUGCAAGACGAGGUGGGGGGCAGGGAGAGGGCGAGGCCUGGCCUGCAGCGAGCUCCGUGCACGAGGGCUGCUUUCUCCUGUGUCCACAGCUGUGGCACUGGAGACGUCCUCGUGUCCAGCACCUGCCACAGGGGUCCUGGGUGAACUGAGGGCCUGCUCUAGGGCCCAUUCCAGCGUGGCCGCUGUCUGUGACCUUGGGCAAGUCACUUGACCUCUGUGUGCCUCAACUUCCUCCUCUGUAACAUGGGGACAGUCCCCGCCCCUCCCUACCUCACAGGCAUGUUGUGAGAAUAAAUGAGGUAACGUGUA